CUGACGAUUGAGAUGGGCGGUGGUGGUGACGACUCGGUGGGAGGGCUCUCGAUCCGAGCAGGAAGAGAAGGCUCUUGAAUUUCGCAAGCAAGAUUAACGCGGUCCCUCCGGCCGGUAGAUUAUCAAUGGUUGUUAGUACAUCGCGACAGCAUUGACAAGAUACGGAAUUUUAUCUUGCCGUGGCGGUGACGUGAUCGAGUCUCAACAAACAUGCUGUCGGGCAGGGUCCGUGUGAGGCUGGCCAGGAUCCGGUGUGUCCUGGAGAGCGUCCGGUGCUUCAGAGAUGGCCUGCCGCUGCCAGAACCGCUCUGCUACGUACCGAGGGAGGUGGCCUACAUGAGUGUGCAUCAAGGCGACUCCGCAGGCCCUCCCGACUCCAAGGGACCUCAACCCAGCUCCCCUCUGCCUGGUGACGGCGUAUGGGACCGUCCUGGACCGAGCUCUCAGGCCCCGGCAACCCCUCCACCUCGCAUGGUGGUCCCACUGGCAUUGAGCGAGGGGGCUUUGGUGAGAGCGAGCGGCGAGCAGUACUGUGAUGGGACUGGCGCGUGGGCCAAGGUGUUGCAGCCGGAGCUCAGAAAACUCGGCUGUCCGAGUGACAUGGAGGAGGGCUGGGUUCUCCUCUAUCGUCCUGAUGAUCAUAGGAUGGCAUUCGUCCCAGUUCCACAUGGCAAGAGCAAUGACAGCAAGGACAACGAGCAGAGCAGUUGGAAGCGAGCCGUGGAUGCCAGUUAUUGCCUGCAGCAGGGGUGCAGACCUCCCCUAGCCGUCUGUGACAGUGCUGCUGUGGAGAAAAUGAGGUUGGCUCCGAAAGGCUGGAACCUGCAGUGCGAUGAAGAUCUGGCUCAAUUUCUGCUCAGUUUUUCCAAGAAAGAAUCAGAAAAUCUCGACAAUGCUAAGUUAUACGUGAAGAAGAUUGACGCCUCGCACAAGCCAAGCAAGAACUCGGUUAAGAACAUCACAGAUGAUGACCCGGCUACGUACUGGGCGACGGACAAUUCUGAGGCCUGGUUGUGCUUGCACAUGAAGCCUGGUGCCAUCAUUCAGAAGAUGUUCCUCAGGCACCUGACGAACGACGAUAACAGGGUGGGACAGGUGACGGUGCUCGGCGGACAGACGAUGGACUCCCUCAAGGAGGUCAACCACGUCGUCAUAGCCAAUGACGCCAGAGACGUGUGCCUGCUUGCGAACGCGUGCGUGCACUACCCCCUCGUGAAGAUCCACCUGCAGAGCGGCUCACGAUUCAACAACAUCCAGAUCAACACUCUGCAGAUGAAGUGCUCAUUCAUCCCACUUCCUCCAAUGAGCUUGUCCGCAUUUGAGCCGCCAAAGUUGGCGCUGUUCCCUCGGCUUGCGCGGUUCAGCCCCGACUUCUUGUGCCAGCGCUCGAUCGCAAUCUACAGGUUCGUGAAUCUUUUUGAAGAGGUUAUGCCAUAUGUACUUCCAAGUUGGGAAUAUAGCAAUGGAAGCUUUUCAGAUUUUCAGAGCGUGAAGAACCUGCUGGCCCUCUCGAGCGAGCGCGACAUGUUCAUCGACUCGGCGCUGACGCGGAACUUGCCGUUGUCGACGACCAGCACGACGGCCCACAUCACCGUGGACCGCACCGCGGCCCUGCGACACCGCAAGAACCCGCACGCCGACCCGCACUACAGGAACUCGGUGGUCGCACAGGUUUACCGUGCCCUGCAGGAGUAUGAGCAGAAGGAGUUUCUGGAUUACAGGUGGAAACCUUCGGAGAGUCAGUGGUGGUCGUGUGAUUUCACCCUGGAAGGAAUGAAUGAUGCCGGUGGCGGGCAGCGCGAGUGUCUGUCGGACAUCGCGGAGGAGCUGUGCCCCAGCGACCCCUACUGCCCGGUUCCGGUGCCAUUCUUCCUGCGGAUGCUGGGACGGAGUACCGGAGGGCAGGAGUCGUGCGUGUAUGUGCCGAACCCAGACUGCCGUGACCUGUACAUGUUCACGUGGAUUGGAAAGAUAAUGGGAGCGGCCUUGCGUGGCGCCAACAUCCUGAUACUGUGCCUUCCGGCGUUGGUGUGGAAGCAGCUCGUCGGGGAGACCGUGACUUGGAGUGAUUUCAGAUCCGUAGAUGAGACCCUGGCGAGGUCGCUGCGCUCGCUGGAGGAGGCGGCAGACGAGGCAGCGUUCGCGCAGCUCUUCGGCGAGGAGCUGACGUACGCGACGACGCUGAGCAGCGGCCGCACCGUGGAGCUGGUCCCGGGCGGUGUGUGGGUGCGCGUCCACUACGGGGACCGCCUGCGCUACGCCCGUCUCGUGCAGGAGGCGCGACUCUGCGAGAGCCGCCAGCAGGUCGAGGCCAUCAGGAAAGGAAUAUUCUCCGUGGUCCCUCAGCACAUUGUCAACCUCUUGACUUGGCAAGAGAUGGAGCGGAUAGUGUCUGGAGAGGCCGAGAUCACCAUGGAUGUUCUGAAGAGAUCAAUUACCUCCGUCAUGGAUAACGGCGAAGCCCGAAUGAAGUGCCUCUUCGAAGCACUGUCGAACUUCAGCAAUGAGGAUCGUAGACUCUUCCUACGAUUCGUGACAGGGAGGAGUCGCCCCCCAAUCACAAUUCAAGUGAUGCAAUCGAGCUCAAAUAAGUCUGACGUACUUCCCGAGACUUCCCUUUGCUCCAACACGCUCAUCCUUCCAAAUUACUCCAGUGCAAAGGUGUGUGAAGAGAAGUUACAUUUUGCGAUGUAUAACUGCACCACCGUGGACCGUGACGCCGAUCACUAACGCUGAUGGACUGCAGUGUCACCGGAAAAUUGCAACAGAAAUGCGUGAGAAAAUACGCUUGCGAUAUAGCGAAUUCCCAAAUAAACACAAUGAGAAAAUAUAUAAUAAACGGUGAUAAAAUAUCAACGUUGUUUUGCUUUUGUAGUUCCCCCCAAAA